CUCAGUGUUAAAAGAGCCACAGACAGAUCAGCUGUUGUGAGAGAACAAGAACCAAACUGGCGCAGACUUCCGCUCUGCAGCAGCAACAACAACGACGGCGGCGUAUUUAUUAUUUCUCUAAAGGGGAAGUGCGACGAUAAAUCAGGAGUUGUUUUCACUGUAAAAGCUUCUUCUAUCUUCACCACUGGGAUUAGGAUGAAACAGUGAAAGUUGGAUUUUUGUAUGUAUGUGUGUGUUAAUCCGAACCAAUGAUGAUGUGAUGAGGAGAAAAAAGCUGUUGCAGUUUGAAAUCAACAAGCAGAGAACGGACUUCAGCUGAGAGGAUGAAUGUAGUCUGGAUGUUUCUCCUGUUCAUUGAGGAGGGAUUUGCUCGAGCACAGAAGACUAAAGAUGAUGGUGCAGGAUCGAAAGGAGUUAAACCGUCUCAGUGGCCGCAGCGUUCUCAUCACUGUGGAAACUGGGUCCGAGACACAGAUGGCGGCACCUUCAGCUCCCCCAACUACCCAAACACUUACCCCCCCAACAAGGAGUGCCUUUAUGUACUGGAAGCUCUGCCCCGCCAAAGAAUAGAGCUAGUGUUUGACGACACCUUCCACAUCGAGACGUCAUUCGAGUGUCGCUUUGACCACAUCGAGGUGCGCGACGGUCCCUUCAGCUUCUCUCCACUCAUCAAUCGCUUCUGUGGCUCAGCCAGUCCGGGCCUCGUCCUCUCCAGUGGACGCUUUAUGUGGAUCCGCUUCUUCAGCGAUGAAGAGCUGGAAGGAAUCGGCUUCCAGGUCCAGUACAGCUUUACUGCAGACCCUGAGUUUCAUCUGCAUGUGGGCGGACUUUUAAACCCAAUUCCAGAUUGCCAGUUUGAGCUGUUUGGAGCUGACGGGCUGAUCCGCUCCAGUCAGGUGGACGAAGAGUACAAAGUGAAGCCGGACCAGGCAGUGGACUGCAUAUGGACGAUACGAGCACCAACAAACAACAGGAUUUACCUACGAUUCUUGGAAUACCAGAUGGAAAACUCAAAUGAGUGCAAGAAAAACUUUGUGGCUGUUUAUGAUGGCAGCAAUGCCAUUGAGGACCUAAAGGCCAAGUUUUGCAGCACAGUAGCUAACGACAUCAUGCUGGACACUGGUGUGGGAGUAGUGAGGAUGUGGGCUGAUGAGGCGAGCCGCCUCAGCCGAUUCAGGAUGCUGUUCACCUCCUUUUCGGACCCACCGUGUGUGGGCAGCGCGUUCUUUUGCCACAGUAACAUGUGCAUCAACACUUCUCUGGUGUGUAACGGCGUACAAAACUGUGUCUUUCCUUGGGAUGAAAGCAACUGCAAAGAGAAAAAGAACAAAGGUCUCUUUCACCAGAUUACGAAAACCCACGGAACUGUAAUCUGUGUGUCUACUGGAGUGGUGCUGCUGCUGCUUAUUAUCUCCAUCCUAGUGCAGGUCAAACAGCCGCGGAAAAAGGUGUUGGUGCGAAAGAAUGACCUGUUUCACCGGGGGGAGUUCGAGGAGGAGUUUGAUCCCCCUCAUUAUGAACUUUUUACCCUCAGAGACAAGGAAAUGUCUGGGGAUCUUGGGGAUUUAUCAGAAGAACUGCAGUCCCUGCAGGGGCUCAGGAGAUCCUCGUCAGCCUCACGCUGUGUACACGAACACCACUGUGGCUCUCAGGUCUCUGUCAACUCCAUCAAAGCCAGUCAGGAUGCACAUUGUCUGGAGAGAGGAUCCAUGGAGCUGCUUCCUUUCAGAGGGGACUUCCACGGGACCUUGCCUCCCUUCAGGGACUUUAACAGCAGUCUGCGUAAGAAGAGUUGGCCAAGCAUGAAACCGGGCCGAACACAGGGCCAUCACAGUGUUACAGACAGAGCGAUGGAGCGGCACGACCGGGUGAUGGAGGAGGAGGAAGAGGAGGAGGAGGAGGACGGCAGGUAUGAUGUGUAUGUGCGCAGGGCAGGAAGCCGCAGAGGGAACUAUGAAAUGGCUCAACAAAGAUCUUUGUCCAUGGACCUAUGAAGAGAACAGACAAGGCAGUUUAACCUGCACUGAUCAAUUUACUUCACUAAUUUACAUUUUUGUAGUGGUUGUUUGUUGAAGUUGACAAAACACCACUAGUGCACCAUGGGUAUGGAUCUUAGGCAGCUGAAAGAAACAUACUGUUUCAAUGUUGUUGUUCUGUGUGGUUUGUCUGGACAAGUAAUGAAAGCCAUGAUAAAUAAAUAAUAUAAAUACAUCCA